AUUUUGCUGGCAGAGGAUAAUAGACGUGUCUAAGUAACAUAAUCAUUAGUAUAACCAGGACGUUACUAAAGAUAUAUCACUCCAGAUAUUUAGUAACUUAUUUUAGAGUAAUCAACUUGACAUUUAAAGCAAUUACAAUUGUAUUCCACUCACAUUCUUAUAACUAUACGGAGUAUUUUCCCAUGACAGUAUCCAAAUAAUUAUCUUCCUAACCGAAGUGGAAUCGUUAGAUCCGAAUACGCAAAUCAAUAAGCCAAAAUGUCUCAGAACGCAUUGAGUCCAAAUAUUCUCAGCGAAUAUUUUCAACAAUACGAGGAGCAUAUCAAUGAAUUAACGACUAGAAUGAGUCUAGUGACGCAAGGAAUGAUUGAUAUUAAGGAAGAGAAAAAGAAAGAACUAACGUCCCAAAUGGAAAUUGAUGAAGACUACAUAUCCGUCGAAUACACUGACAUCAUCAGAAUGACCAUCAGAGCUUAUGGAGAAAACGCUCACGUAUACAUUUCACGAUUAAAUCAGAAAGAACCCGACUUAUAUGACUCUGAGAAAGAAUCGACAAAAGUCUUUUUAAAGAAAUUAGAAAAUGUUUUCGAAUUGUUACCAUUAGUAUUCGUUUCAGAUCGAGAGAAAAUAGGAUAUCUUUAUAACAGAUCUCCUGAAAAUCUUAAGGAAAAGAUAAAAGAAUCCGUUAAGAAACCGGGACCACAUAGAACAUUCAAAAAUAUUUAUAAUCAAGUUUAUUCGAAAGAACAAUUUUCGACUUGGUUGACUCAAUUACAUACAGUCAUGGAUCAAGCAUUGAAACUUGAAGUAAAUACGCAAGAGUACAGACAUUGGUUCGAAGAAUUAGAUAACGAAACAAGAUUCAAAAUGCAUCUUUUCAUGGUACAUCCUUUUGCUAUAAGAAAAGAACUUCUUAGAAACAAUUAUGAAACUGGUGAUUAUGACAAGUCAAUAAAUAUCACGAAAGAAAAAUUUCGUUACGGCAAUUUCCGAAGAUAUGAGAAACAUAAUGGGCGAACAUUUUCAAAUACGAAACCUUUAAACAAAAGGUUUCCUAGUAAAGACGAAUUUAAGAAAAGCGAGAACGAUAAACCAAAAUUCAAGAAAUUGGAAUGACUAGAUGAUUGUUGUCCAGCACUACAGACCAAAACAAAUCACACAAGAAUUUGAUAAAGACCGAACAUUUGUAGGAAUAACUAAACACAUUCUAAAAGUUACUGGGAAGUUAACAUUACCAGUGGAAAUCCGAGGAAGAAAAUACCACGAAACAUAAACUAUAUCGCCAAGGAUUGAAGAAGACGCCAUUAUCGGUUGGUCAUUAAUUGAAAAGAUGAACAAAUUAGAAGGUUUAAGCAAAAUUGAAAUAAAAGAAAGCCACGAUGAGAAUUUUAAGAAUAAUGAGGAAAUUAAAAAAAUUAUGAAACCUUUUUCAGAAAUUUUUGAGGAACCUACUAGGACUCCAAUACCUGAACACUCAGAGAGUGAUUUGAAAAUAGAAUUAACAGAAGAAUUACCAACGUAUGCGCCAAAAUUAAGACCUUAUACACAGAAGGAAAGAGAAUGCAUAAAGGAAAAGACUGACGAAUUAUUAAAACAAGGCAGGAUUCGUCGAAGCUCUUCAAAGUUUUUAUGUGUGCCAUUGAUUGUUCCAAAAAAGGGAACAGAUA